GGGGGGCUUUUAUCCAUUUGUCGAAAUUCUACUGCUGACAGUAGAACUUUCUGUGAUGUUGGAAAUCAUCUAUAUCUGUGCUGUCCAUUUUGUAGCCACGUAGCCACAUGUGGCUAUUGAGUCCUUGAAAUGUGGCUAGGAUAACUAAGGAACUGAAUUUUAAAAUAAUUAAUUAAUUAAUUAAUUUUUGGCUGCAUCAGGUCUUAUUGCAACAUGCAGGGUCUUUUGUUGCAGUGCUGGGCUCUUCCUUGCUGCACAUGGGCUUCUCUCUAGUUGUGGUGCGUGGGCUCAGUAGUAGCCCCUCGGCAUGUGGGAUCUUAGUUCCCCGACCAGGGAUUGAACCCACGUCCCCUGCAUUGGAAGGCGGAUUCUUAACCACUGGACCACGAGGAAAGUCCCGGAACUGAAUUUUUAAUGGCAUUUAAUUUUUUGUAUCAACUUUAUUGAGUUAUAAUUCACAUGCCAAAGGAUUCAUCCUCUUAAAGUGUACAGAAAAUGUUUUUUAGUGAGUCAGAGGAUUGUGUGACCAUCACCACUAUCUAGUUUUAGAACAUUUUCAUCACCCCACAAAGAAAUCCCAUAGCCAUUAGCAGCCCUUCCCCAUUACACCCCCUCCUCCCCCAGCCCCUACAAUUGCUAAUCUGCUUUCUGUCUCUUUGGAUUUGCCUAUUGUGGACAUUCUGUAUAAAUGGAAUCAUACACCAUGUGGUCCUUUGUAACUGGCUUCUUUCACUUAGCAUAAUGUUUUCAAGAUUCUUCCAUGUUGAUGUAUUUGUGUAUCAUCGCAUGUAUCAGUAUUUCAUUCCUUUUUAUGGCCAAUUAAUAUUCAGUUGCAUGAAUGUACCACAUUUUAUUUAUCCAUUCAUCAGUUGAUGGACAUUUGAGCUGUGUUCCCUUUUGGGCUAUUGUGAAUAAUGCUGCUAUGGACAUGUGUGUACAAGUUUUUGUGUAGACAUGUAUGUUUUCAUUUCUCUUGGAUAUAUACCUAAUGGUGGAAUUGCUGGGUCAUAUGAUAACUCUAUGUGUAACCUUUUGAGGAACUGCCAGACUGUUUUCCAAAGUGGUAUGAUAUUCAGUUUUUAAUUUAAAGUAAAUAGCUACAUGUGACUACUGACUACCUGUUAGACAGUGCAGAUCUAACAGUUUUCCAGUGUGGAGGUGGAAUAUAGUCUAAUGUAGUGGUGAGGUCAUGGGCUCUGGGGGCAGAUUACCUGAGUUCCAAACUUGAUUCUUCCACUUACUAUCCUUGAGCAAGUUACUUUAACCUCUUUGUGCCUCAGUUUCCUCAUCUAUAAAAUGAGAAUAAUAAUAGCAUGUACUUUAGGGACUUCCCUGGUAGCGCAGUGGUUAAGAAUCCACCUGCUGGGCUUCCUGGUGGCACAGUGGUUGAGAAUCCACCUGCCAAUGCAGGGGACACGGGUUCGCGCCCUGGUCUGGGAAGAUCCCACGUGCCGCGGAGCAACUGAGCCUGUGCUCUAGAGCUGGUGAGCCGCAACUACAGAGCCCACAUGCCACAAAUACUGAAGCCCGCACACCUAGAACCCGUACUCCGCAGCAAGAAAAGCCACCGCCUAGAGAAGCCCGAUGCACCGCAGCAAAGAGUAGCCCCCACUCGCCGCAACUAGAGGAAGCCUGAACGCAGCAAUGAAGACCCAACGCAGCCUAAAUAAAUAAAUAAAUAAAUAAAGUAGCACGUACUUUAUAGGUUUGUUGGGACCUGAAAGGAUAUAUAUGUACAGUUUUUGGAAUAUGCUUAAUGGUUAUUAAAUAUAAUACUUAUCACUGCUAUUCUUAUUGAUGGUCCUCAAGAGUGCAUUAUGGUUGGUAAGUUAGUGUCAACUCUCAAACUAGGUUCAGAAACUGAGAUGUGGGGAGUUUGGAAGUGACUUCCUUGAUUCUGUUCUAUAUCUGAGUUUAGGUUUGUCCCUGUGAUCUUUUACCUAUGUAGGUAACUCUUCAUAAUGAACCUAUGUAGAAUAGUGGUUCUCAGUUGGAGACAAUUUUGCCCCUGCCUGAGGAGGACAUUUGUCAGUGUCUGGAAACAUUUUUGAUUGUCGUAACUCAGGAGCACUACUGAUAUCUGUUGUAUGAAGGCCAGGGGUGCUGCUAAAUGUCCUCAGGGUAGUCCCCCACAACAAAGAAUUGUCCUCCCCAAAAUGUCAGUGCCAAGGUGGAGAAACCCUUGUGUGGUACCUGCUCUCCCCUUACCAGCUCCUGCCCAGUAUCAUGGGAUUUGAGGUCAGCCUUCCUAUGAAAAGAUGUGUGUGAAAUAACCUCUGACGACAAAUUUCCAGUGGGACAGUUUAAAGCUUUAGUGUCCUGAAUCCUGAUGUCUCUCAGAUUUGUUGACAUGUGUUACCAGUCAGCUCAUCAUCGUCAGCCAACAUCAACUAUUUUGGCAAAAGCACAUUUUUUUAGUCUGUGGUUCAGUAAGCAGGUGAGCCUCCCUAAGUCACCCCAUCUUAAACCUCCUUUCCUCUCACUUUGGUCUGCCUUUGUGGUUUCACUCUAAGAAUGUUUGUUUUCGUCCCAGUGAAAGCCUGAUGGCCAGUCACUUUCUUUUCUGUGUCUUCCAUGGUCCCACCACCAAUCGGAACUGAGUCACGUUCUUAGAACUUUUUCCUUUCCUCAUUCCAGAUCUUGGCUCUCCUCUCAUUUUCGGCCUCACGAAUGUUAGUUUGUUCUCACACACGCUCAGCUUGCAGAAACCGUUAGAUGUUCUCAGGUCGCCACAAGGGAAGCUGACGGUCCUGGACCUUACCAGAGCUGUGUCUGGAGGAGAGCCCUCUCUUCCAGGUCCAGGAUGCCCCUCAUCUGUGGGUGCUGGGCACAAGCUGGCUACUCUGUGGGUGCUGUGGUUGCUGGACUGACGUUUGAGGGACCAUCAGGACCAGGUGGAGCAAUGACCAGAUCAGAGACACGCGUGGUGCAUGGAGAAAAUGCGGAUAAGGAAACCUGCGUGGGUACCAACAAUCAAAGCUACAUCUGUGACACAGGACACUGCUGUGGACAGUCUCAGUGCUGCAACUACUACUAUGAACUCUGGUGGUUCUGGCUCGUGUGGACCAUCAUCAUCAUCCUGAGCUGCUGCUGCGUGUGCCACCACCGCCGAGCCAAGCACCGCCUUCAGGCCCAACAGCGGCAACAUGAAAUCAACCUGAUCGCCUACCGGGAAGCCCACAAUUACUCAGCGCUGCCAUUUUAUUUCAGGUUUUUGCCAAACUAUUUACUACCUCCUUAUGAGGAAGUGGUGAACCGACCUCCAACUCCUCCCCCACCAUACAGUGCCUUCCAGCUCCAGCAGCAGCUGCCUGCACAGUGUGGCCCUACAGGCGGCAGCCCCCCGGGCGCCGACCCCACCAGGGGCUCCCAGGGGGCUCAGAGCAGCCCCUUGUCCGGGCCCAGCAGAAGCAGCACGCGACCCCCGAGCAUCGCUGACCCUGAGCCCUCCGACGUGCCAGCAGACCCAGCAGCCACCAAAGCCCCCGGGAUGGAGCCCAGCGGCUCUGUGGCCGGCCUGGGGGAGGUGGACCCUGGGGCCUUCCUGGACAAGGAUUCCGAAUGUAAGGAGGAGCUGCUGAAAGAGUACAGCUCUGAGCAGGGCGGCGCCCUCCCUGACAGCAAGGACAAGACGCCCGGCAGACGUCGCCGCUUCACAGGUGACUCGGGCAUCGAGGUGUGUGUGUGCAACCGGGGCCACCAUGAUGACGACCUCAAAGAGUUCAACGCGCUCAUCGACGAUGCUCUGGACGGGCCCCUGGACUUCUGCGACAGCUGCCACGUGCGGCCCCCUGGCGACGAGGAGGAAGGGCUCUGCCAGCCCUCCGAGGAGCAGGCCCGGGAGCCCGGGCACCCUCACCUGCCGCGGCUGCCUGCCUGCCUGCUGCUGAACACCAUCAACGAGCAGGACUCCCCAAACUCCCAGAGCAGCAGCUCCCCAAGCUAGAGCAGGCCCUGCCUGCGCCCGAGAACUUGGCGACGCAACCAGGGUAGGGGAGAACCGUGAGAGAAGCAUUAAGUGACUGUUCCUUUUUUUUUUUUUUUUCCCUCUGCUCCUGCGUUUUCCUGCAUCUCCAGGUACAGUUUGGGGUGUGGGUGCCUCGCCCCCCGUAGAUACACAGUGUCACGGAGGGCCGAGAAGUUGUCCUGUGACUCAUUCCUCAUACCCCACCCCGUCCCCCUUUACCUCUUCAAGUCACGUGUCACUACCUGCUUGGGUCAGAGAGAUGUGCGUUUCAGAAGCCCCCAAGGAGGGGAUGAGACUGUGCCCUGAGGUGACUCUUGGUGAUGGAGUGGAUCCAUGUUCUGGUGUGAGUUGAUGAGGACCUCGCCGCGUCUCAGUCUGAGAGAGGUGGCAGGUCUCAGCCCUGGGUGAAGCCCCGGUGGUCCGGGGAUUGUCGCCCCUCGCUGCCAGUGUCUCCAGAGCCGGAAUUGGGCUCCUCCUGUGGGAGGAUGAGAGCUGACCGGCGAUUGCGUGGCGGGUUGGUAAAGGGCUUGUGCUCUCAAAUUCCAGGUGACAAGAUCGAGGUGGCACGAUGCAUCCUGGAGGGGCCCCUUCCCAGCAGGUCCUGGCUGGCCGCGGACUGGUUCAAGUGUGGAAGAUUACACCUGCCUUCUCUUUGGUUUUUUUCUUUUAAAAAAAAACAACAACAACAGAAGUGAGCUGAAAAUAAGAACUUGACCAGUGGGCAGGCAAGAAUUCUGUUUUGGAAAAGGAAAAUUUGUGGCUUUUUCCCAACUUGGCCUUCAAAGAGUCCUGGCUACAGUUGAGCCAGAAGGAGAUGUUUUGUGUGCAGGCUCGGGUGGGGGCUGUCUCUGGAACUUCUGUGGGUGAGCAGGAGGCCCUGCGCUGUGGCAGUGGAUAGAGGUGCAGCUUUCCGCAUCUCUGCCCUUUGAUCUGUGCCCACAGGUGAUCAGUACCCUCCCCCAUCCCAAGCACACGUCUGCCGGCCUUCACGUCUCACUGUUCUCUAUGAACAAAUGAGGAGGCUGUGGGACCUGAGAAAGGGCAGUCCCGCAGCCUGACUCUCACACAGUAUUUUCUCUUGAUUCUGAGUAAGUUGUUUUGUUUAUUUGUUUGUUUUUUCAAACUGACCAUUUGGAAAAAAUGCCUUGGUUAUCUGUGGUUUUCGUGCCCUUUCCCUGCUCCGCCCCGCCUUGAGUGGGGUAACUAAUUUUUGUAGCCUAUGUAAAGUAUCUAAGUGGCCCAGGUAGGAGGGUGAAGGCAGCCAUCCUGAAGGACCACAGGAUCCUUAUUAUUGUAGUUUGGCUUCAAAAACCAGGUGAGCUUUGAUAGGAAUAAUCUGAAUGGAGAAAGCAAACUGCUGAAACUAACAUUCCCUGUCCAGCCCUGUUCAUAUGAAGAGUUUGGUUCUUCCCCCACUCUUGAACGAUGACAUUCAGACUAGGCAUUGAUGUUAUGGUAAGAAAGGAAGGUAUAUAUAUGUAUAUAUAUGAAUACACACGUAUAUAUGUGUAUGUGUGUAUAUAUGUAUAUACACACACACACACACACACACAAAACAGACAAAUCCAAGGCCGUGAGGUGAACGAGUGUCUGAGUUUGGAGUCCACAAAACCAAAAUCCAUGUUGAACAAAGUGCAGUCCGUAUACAGUGACUUUUUGGAUAACCUGUGUGUGUCUGUCCGUUGUGUGUGAGCCCCCAGCCCUGUUUUCCUGUGAAUACACUUUGAACGGCAGCCACUCUGCUCACGUUACCCACACGUUUGGAGCAGGCGCAGCCCUCUCAAGGUAAUUUAUUUUACGCAUUUACUGUUUACUGAGCAAAUGUCUGACUGUGCACUUGGGUGUACUCAGCAGCGCUGUCGGCGGCAGUCCCCACGUUUGCCAGAGAUACCGUGCUCCAAGUAGAGGUUUUACUCUACCCAUCACUGCAAUUUGCACAUUGCUCCGUGGACACUCAGAGGCCUGUGUUCUGCUCCCUGUAAACGGAAACGUGCUCUGAGCCUGUCUGCCUCCCUCGGCUGCUCCUGGCCCUCGGCGUCAGCCCCCAGGGGUGUCCACAGCCGCUCGGGACAGAAGGCCAGGGUGGAACCUCAGACAGAAGCUGGACUGGAUCUUCAGUGUCAAGCUCGGACUGGCUGUGGCCCAGACGUCAGCCCUGCCCAGAAUUGCCAGGAGGGUUUGGCGGCCACCACAGUGCCAUAGGGCUUACCUCCCUCUGCUGAGGUCCAGCGCGUGGCCGAUGUGUGGCGAGAGUGGGCAGAAGUGUGCCACAGCCCUCAGAUGCCUUUCCUGCCACCUCUUGGUUUUUGGUUUUUGUUUUUGUCUCAAACAACUCACUGAAGUGUCUCGAAGGAGAUCAAGUUUUACCAAAAUGAACCCUGCUUGAGUUAACUGGUCGAAGGGAUGGAUUCUGGCCCUCUCAGGAUUCCUUCUCCAGUCAGAGUGGGGAACUGGUCCACGUGUUUACUGCUGGGUUCACUGCAGCAUCCAACCCAAAAGGCACGAGAAGAAGAAAACGCAACGGGUGGAGCUGGGCUCGAGUCCAGCGUCACAGUCUGGCCCCUGCUACACGAGGCUGCCCUGCGUGACGAAAGACGGAAGUAGGGAGCUGAAGGACUCGGGAGGGGGCCGGGGAGAUUUGAGGGAGUCUGGUGUUCCAGGUGAACCGAGAAGAAAGGGGUUGGUCGAGGGUUUGGUGCUACAGUCGGAAGAUUUGCAAAUGCUAACACAUUCCCGUGUGAGGCACAUCACCUUUUGUCAGUUAUUGUGAAUAUGUGUAUUUUAAGCAAUAAGAUUCAGCUGGUCAGACUUUUCUGGGCAGUCUCGGUGACGCAUUUCCUGUGCUGUGAUUGUUCUGAAGACAGAGUGGCUCUAACCACUGUGAGAAGCCCAAAUAAAAUCGAUCCCCGAAACUCGACUGCUCUUUUUCCUUGCAGCGCUUGUUCCUUUUUCCUCCUCCUCAGACUUCAGGGAGUCGCACCUCGAGAUUCCUCGCUGCAAGUGCUCUUCCCUUCUCCCCACAGAGGCUGAGAGAAGUUGAGGACAGGCUCCUGGGCCGAGGGCAAGCUGGGUAAUGGCUGCCGAGGGCACUCUCUGUCCUGAGGCAUUUCCACCCAAACCCUCUCUCUGCCAAGAGAAUAUUUCUGAGUACUUUGUAAAGUCCCACAGACAGGUUAAAAUCAGAGCCCCCAAAACAGAAACAAGUUUUGUCAGAGACUCCAAAGCUAAGACCUGACAUUUAAAAGGAAGCAAGCCCUCCUGGAGAUCUCUUUUAUUGAUAAGAUAGAAUUGUGGAUGGGCGCUUGGCCUUGGAAUUUAACACACGAAAUACUUGUUUUGGAGUCCCCUCUUUGUGCCCAGUACUGUGCUGGAUGCUGAGGAGCAUGUGGAAGAAAUGUGUAAGACAAGGCCCCUGCCCUCUAGAAGUUAAAGUAUAGUGGAGAGGACAAAACAAACUCAUGUGAAAUAGCUAACCGGCAAUGUGAGGCAGGUUGAGACGAAGUGAGCAGUACUGUUUCAGAGAAGCUUGAGGAGUCGGGGGCGGCGGUUUAGGGCUUGCAUUCCAGGCAGGCGCCUCAGAACUG